AUGACCUCUCAGGCCCCUUCUCAUGCACCCAUUGAGAAUAAGGAGUCAACGAUAUUUAGCGAAUCAAUAGAGAUUGGUCACUCCACUCCAUUAUCAGAUGAUUUCCAAAUCACAAAUCACUCCCCCAACACCGGCACCGGCUCUGCUCCACCACCUCCACCACCUCCUCCUCCCCCCGUUUUCUCCAGACCGUUCACUCCCGCAAAAUUACCACCCACUCCAUCUCCUCCACCUAUCGGCCCCCCAAAUACCUUUCUCACAGAACUCCUCACCUACAACGGCCACCCCUACAAAGACCACUGGGCCUAUUUCAUCCGCUCUCCCUCCAACUCCUCCAUCGGCGUUCGUCUCCACGCCACCGGAGAUGUAAGGAAUGGAUUCCGUUUUGAAAUCCAAUGGGGUUAUAAUUUAUAUACCACUGAGGAUAUUCCUACAAAGAGGAUUCCACUGCAGUGGAUUGAUGGUGGGAGCAUACUAGAUGCUGGGGGAUGUGGAGUGGAUGUGAGUGAGGAUGUGGAUAUGUAUAGGAGAACGGUCUGUGCAUUUGAGAAAAGUGUAAGAAAAGAAGAGGUACCCGGGAAGACGUUAAAUUCUGUGGAAGAUGAGACCAACCCCGGCAAAAAAAUCACCCAGAAAGAUUGUCAAUCAUGGCUCGUCGGGGCCGCCGACCACUUAGUGCAGGAUGGGAUUUUCGGUCCCGAGAGUGCGGGGUUUCUUCACGCGGUUAGACAGUGA